GAACGGCCUGGUUACACGCUUCCAACUUCGCAAUCCGACGGCCCUGGUCUCAUUGUGAUAUAAGGUGGAGUUCCCACCCAUGACACCCGCCUCCGCCCGAGUAAACCCUAACCCGAGCACGCGCGCAGAGCUUCCGCAGCGCAAUGGGGGCGUACAAGUACGUGUCGGAGCUAUGGAGGAAGAAGCAAUCGGACGUGAUGCGGUUCCUGCAGCGGGUUCGCUGCUGGGAGUACCGCCAGCUCCCCUCCAUCGUCCGCGUCACCCGUCCCACCCGCCCCGACAAGGCUCGCCGCCUCGGUUACAAGGCCAAGCAGGGAUAUGUGAUUUAUCGUAUUCGCGUUAGACGUGGAGGCAGAAAGAGACCAGUCCCAAAGGGUAUUGUUUAUGGGAAGCCUAAGAACCAGGGUAUUACACAACUGAAGUUCCAAAGAAACAAGAGGUCGGUUGCUGAGGAGAGAGCUGGUCGUAAGUUGGGAGGUUUGAGGGUUCUUAACUCCUACUGGGUUAAUGAGGAUUCGACUUAUAAAUAUUUUGAGGUUAUCCUUGUUGAUGCGGCUCACAAUGCAAUUCGCAAUGACCCCAGGAUCAACUGGAUCUGCAAGGGUGUUCACAAACAUCGUGAACUUCGUGGACUCACUUCUGCUGGUAAGAAAUACCGUGGCCUCCGCGGCAAAGGCCACCUGCAUCACAAGGCCAGGCCAUCACGCAGGGCAACCUGGAAGAGGAACCAGACUUUGUCCCUUCGCCGAUAUCGCUAAGCCUAUCUGCUUGGCUGCUAUUAUGUGGACUACAUUUCGAUCAUUAGCAUCAAUUUUGUCAAGUUUGUUUCAAGCUGCUGUUUAAGAUAUAGACUUCACACAACUGUUGGAAGUUUCAGAAAUUUGCUCUGGUAGAACGUUAAUUGGUGUCAUCUCAGGCAUUGUUGUGAUCGUGCAUUGCUAAAAUCAUACAUUUGGGUCAUUUUAAUUUUAUGUUUGAGUGGGUUCUAUUUCCAUCAAAGACCUGCAUUUAUGAAUUAUAUUUAC